ACAUAGCAAUAAUGGUAAAGCGAAGCACUCUCAAAAUAUGAACGAACCUCCAUUUUGGCAUUGCCUUACAGAAGAUGAUGCACAAGUGCAAGAACAAUUUUCUAUUUAUAUGGACAUGUCUAAGAGAGGUUAA